ACUCUGACAGCGCCUGCCCCAUUUGCAGAUGAAACAAGCUGUCAGUGCCAAGCCCCUCAUGAGAAGCUAACCAUUGCACAAGCCCGCCUGGGAACACCAGCUGACAGACCUGUGAGAGUGUAUGCAGAUGGGAUAUUUGACCUCUUCCACUCUGGCCAUGCUAGAGCUCUUAUGCAAGCCAAAACUCUAUUCCCAAAUAGCUACUUAUUAGUGGGAGUUUGCAGUGAUGAUUUAACUCAUAAAUUCAAAGGCUUCACUGUGAUGAAUGAAACUGAGCGAUAUGAAGCCCUCAGACACUGUCGUUAUGUGGAUGAGGUCAUCAGAGAUGCACCCUGGACACUGACACCUGAGUUCCUUGAAAAACAUAAGAUUGACUUCGUAGCCCAUGAUGACAUCCCGUACUCCUCCGCUGGCUCGGAUGAUGUAUACGAACACAUAAAGGAGGCAGGAAUGUUCGUACCCACGCAGAGAACUGAAGGUAUCUCCACAUCAGAUAUCAUCACAAGGAUCGUCCGGGACUACGAUGUGUAUGCCCGGCGCAACCUCCAACGAGGAUACACCGCCAAAGAGCUGAAUGUUAGUUUUAUAAAUGAGAAGAAAUACCGCUUUCAAAACCAAGUGGACAAAAUGAAAGAAAAAGUCAAGAAUGUGGAGGAAAAAUCAAAAGAAUUUGUUUACAAGGUGGAAGAGAAGAGCCAUGACCUUAUUCAGAAAUGGGAAGAAAAGUCCAGGGAAUUUAUUGGGAACUUCUUAGAGCUGUUUGGACCUGAUGGAGCCUGGAAACAGAUGUUCCAGGAACGAAGUGGCCGAAUGCUCCAGGCUUUUUCUCCCCGGCAGAGCCCAAACAGCAGUCCUACGCGAGGCCGUUCUCCAUCCCGUUCUCCGUCUCCACCUUGGGUCUUCAAUAAAGCCUCUCCUCCCUCUUCCCCUAAAGCUGCCUCUGCCUCCCUCAGCAGCAUGAGCGAGGGAGAUGAGGAUGAAAAAUAA